AUGUUACCAACGUUUGGAGAUAAGGAUCCCGACGUAAACAGAAACGUGAGUCAAAUGAUCGGCAGCAAGGGCUAUCCGGUGGAAGAAUAUUCCGUCCAGACCAGAGACGGUUACAUCUUGGGAAUCCAAAGGAUACCACGUGGCGUAUCGGGUAAACAAAACGCCACGGAUCGUCAGGUGGUGUUCCUGCAACACGGACUUUUCGGAUCAUCCGCAGACUGGGUGAUGAAUUUUCCCCACCAGAGCCUGGGUUUUAUUCUGGCCGACGAGGGUUACGACGUCUGGUUGGGGAAUCAGAGAGGCAAUGUUUACUCCCAAAAACAUAUCGAAUAUUCACCCGAAGAGGAACGAUUUUGGAAUUUCACUAUCGACGAAUUUGCCAAGUACGACCUACCCGACACGGUAGACUUUAUUUUGAACGUCACUAAACAGAAUCAACUAUAUUACGUGGGACAUUCACAGGGCACCACUAAUGCCUACGCUUUUCUCUCCGAGACACCCGACUAUAACAAGGCAGGUGAUAAUAUCAAAAUAGUAUUAUCGCUAGCACCGGUGGCCACAGUCGGCUACAUAACAAAUCCUUUUCGGGUAUUUGCCCCUUUAACUAGUACGGCAAAUCUUUUAACUAACAUUGUAGGAAGGAAAGGAUUUUUGUCAAACGAUUACAUUACGAAUUUGUUUGCACUCGGUGGCUGUAGCUUAGGAAAUAAGUUAUGCUCCAGUCUCUAUUAUGUAAUAAAUGGAGAUUCGUCUCUAGUAAAUAAGACGCGUAUGGACGUCUACUUUUCGCACUUUCCUGCGGGUACAAGUACGAAGAAUAUGAUUCAUCUUGGACAGAGAAUUAAUUCCAAAUCGUUUCCAAAAUUCAAUUACGGAAAACAGAAAAAUUUAAUAGCCUACAAUCAGCCUACACCUCCCGAGUAUAAAGUAGAAAAUAUUCGCACUCCCAUUGCGCUUUUCUGGAGUAAAAACGACAACUUGGCCGAUCCUAAAGACGUGAGUAUACUUCGAGAGAAGAUCCAAAAUUUGGCAGCAGACUAUAAAGUGGAAUUAGAAAAAUGGGGUCAUCUAGACUUCAUAGUCGCAAUCGAAGCAAAGAAAUAUGUUUACGAAGAGUUAAUUAGAGUAAUGAAAAACGUUUAA